AUGCCUAACCCGCUUGCUGAUGAAGCUGCGUGGCUUUCGCAAUGCAUUAAAACCUGCAAAUCUCUCCACGAGUAUUAUACUGGCUACUGCGAUUCCGUCCCCAGCCAAGCGGAUCCAGCAGGGGAAUUUGAGAUCCUCCUGGCCACCCUGGGAGAACUGGACACUACACUGAAAAAUCGUUGCUUUGAGCAAGGCGAAGAACAAAAUCAAAUAGACACCAUUAAGUUCCCCAUUUCCAACUGCGGGGUCAUCAUCAAUGAACUCCAAGAAGAACACGACAGAAUUAGUGCAACCGUUGAAAAGGCCGCCAUUGGUAUACAUCAAGCAUCGGAUCGUGCUGCCGCCUAUCCAUUCCGUCAAAGCACCAUGCAAAGACUGCAUGAGAUUGUGGAUGACCUGCAAAGACACGUUUCAUCUAUGCUGAAUGCUCUCAAUCCAAAGCAGCAAAAAGUUGGAAUCAAUGAUGAUGAUGAUGAUGAUGAUGAUGAUGACUUGGCCCGACCGGACGCCCUGAUCCAACAUAUGAAUCCUCUAGGAAAGAGCUUGAUAUUUGAGGAGUGGCUUCCCACCGUCGAUGCAACAAUUGACCAUCGUGCUAUAUAUGCUAAACGACACAGAGGGACGGGGCUAUGGCUCCAGAAGUCUCAUCCAUUUCGGGAGUGGCUGGCCCAGGAAAACUCUUUGCUCUGGCUGAAUGGAGCUCCGGGAUGUGGCAAAUCCGUUCUAUGUUCCACUGCCAUCCAAUCCACCUUCUGCCAACAGCAGCAGCAACAGAAACACAUGUCAGAUGUUGCAAUUGCCUUUUUCUACUUUUCAUCAGCUGAAAUGUCCAAGCAAGGCGCGUCAGCCAUGUUCCAGGAACUUUUACUACAGCUGGAAAAACAACAGCAAAGAAGUUCCAAGCAGCUUGCUUCUGAGAUAUUAUAUCAAAAGUACGAGCUUACGGGACCUCCUGAGGCGGAACUAGCUGAUUGUCUACGAGCUAGUAUUCAAAGAUUCCGACAUGCAUUCGUUUUCCUGGAUGGAAUAGACGAGAAUCCGAAUCAAGCAGGGGUCUUGACUGCAAUAAAUAAGAUGCGAAACUGGGACUUGCCUGAUCUUCACAUGUUGAUCACGAGUUGCGACACGCCUGACAUUCGUAGCUCACUGAGUCCGUCACCUAACGAGGAUAUUCCCCUUCAAAGCGACGCAAUAAACCAGGAUAUCAGCCGAUAUGUUACAUUUAAAAUUACCAAUGAUAUGAAACUUCAGAGAUGGAAGCAAUACAAAAUUCGCAUCCAACAGGCUCUUACCCGGUUCUCCCAGGGCGUGUUCCGCUAUGCUGAAUGCCAAUUAGAGGCCCUCAAAAGGUAUCCGCGAACCAAGUGCUAUCUUGAGGAAUUCCUUUGUUCUUUGCCACGAAACUUGGACGAGACAUAUGAACGACUGCUGUCUAACAUUGAUAACUGUUACAUUAACGACACACGACGCAUUCUAGAAUUAGUCUGUUUUUCACCACGGCCGCUAUUGGUGGAAGAACUUGCAGAUGCAUAUGCAGUUGAUCUCAAAAACUUGUGCUUAGAUCCUGACCGUCGAAUGCUAGAUGCUGAAAGUAUCAGGGAACUUUGCCCUGGGCUGGUUCAGGUUAUGCCUGUUGUGGACAGCGCAAACGAAGGAAAGAUCAAGUCAACUGUCUGCAUUGCCCAUUCAUCUCUUCAAAAAUAUCUUAUUCGAGAACAAGUACGGCACUCAAACCCAGCACGCGUAUCUUUUCAAGAUAAAAUUGCCCAGGCAGAAAUGGCUCAGACAUGCCUUGUUUAUUUACUGGAGCCAGAACUACGCACUGGUGAGCUAGAUGAGACAAAGCUCAAAGCAUUCCCACUAGCGCAUUAUGCUGCCAAAUUUUGGUUCCAUCUUUUCCAGCGGGCCGAGUCAAAUACACAGAUCGAGAGCUUGGUUUUGCAGCUAUUCACGUACCAGAGAGGUGCAUUUGACAGAUGGGUCGAAUUGUAUGAUGUUGACGGACUGUGGGAAAGCAUAUAUCGCGCUGACCCAGCAUUACAUGGGCUGCUAACCCCAGUGUACUUUGCUUCCUACCUUGGCCUUGGAUGGGUCUUGCAGGACCUUCUUGACGGAAUCGUUAAAGACGGGGAUGGAAGUGGUCCGGCAGAGCGUGGCCUCGCAACUGCACUGCAAAUCGCAUCAUGGAGGGGCCAUGAACACAUCAUACAGAUACUUCUCAACAACGACGCCAAUGUCAAUGCAUCCGGCGAAUGGUGUGGGACUGCUCUCCACGCUGCAUCCCGCAAUGGGCACCAAAAAGCGGUACAGAUGCUUCUAGAACUCGGAGCUGAUGUCAAUGCACCAGGGCCCGAAUGUGAGACUGCACUUCACACUGCUGCAGCUAAUGGCCAUGCGCCUGUGGUGCAGAUGCUACUGGAUUGGGGGGUAGGGGUGGAUAUGGUUGACCAUCACCGCUUAAUCAGCCGUGCUCUCCAGGUAGCAGCAUCUAGGUGCCAUAUGAACGUGGUACAGAUGCUCGUAGACAGGGGAGCAGAUGUAAAUCAUAAACGCGGUGGACAGUGUGGCAACGCACUCGAGGCUGCGUCUAGACAGGGCAGCGAAGAACUCGUUCGGCUACUGCUGGCCAAUGGUGCCGACGUGAACGCAUAUAGCGGACUGUAUGGAAACCCACUCUGCAAUGCCGGUCUCAGCGGCAAUCCCCAGGUAGUCCAGAUGCUACUAGAUAACGGCGCCGAUGUCAAUGCGGGCUCAUUCUUUAUCCUCGGAACCCCACUCAUGUGGGCGACAAACCAGGAAGACAACGAAAAGGUCGUCGAGCUCCUCCUGCAACAGGGUGCCCAUGUCAACGACCAAGGUGGUACCAGAGGCAAUGCUCUGCAAAAUGCAUGUGGCAGGGGGAAUGCGCGUGUGGUACGGCUUCUCCUGGACUGGGGAGCCGAUGUGAAUGCCCGUUCUGAGCAUCAGGGCACGGCGCUUCAAGUUGCAGCGCGACAUGGGGCUACGGAUGCUGUGAGGAUAUUGUUGGAUAGGGGGGCCAAUGCGAAUGCUCCACCGGGGCCGCAUGGCACUGCCCUUGAAGCGGCCUUGUAUAUUGAGGAUGAGGAGAUUGUUCGCAUGUUACGUGCUGCGGGGGCCAAACCGUCGAAAUAUUGUAAACUAUAG